AUGUACCUGGGAGAAAUGUAUAAAAGAUUUUGCUCCGAUCGUUUCGGCAUCAGUCGCUCAUCAGCUACGAAACCAAAUCAAUUAACCAUGAAAUUGAUCAUUGUCGCCCUUGCCUUCGUGGCCGUCGCCGCCGCCGCCGUUGUUCCAGUGCCAAACGAACAAGUACAGAUCCUUCGCUCUGAUUUCCAAACUGAUCCCGAAGGUGGAUACAACUUCGGCUUCGAAACUUCCGAUGGCUCCUCCCGUUCUGAGACCGGUUCAUUGAAGGAGGUUCUUGAUGAGGAAAACAAACCUCACCAAGUCGUCAUAGUCCGUGGAACCUACUCUUACAUCAACCAAGAGGGCAAGCCAGAGACCAUCACCUACACCGCUGACGAGUUCGGAUUCCACCCUGAAGGAGAGUCCAUCCCUAAAGCAGUAUCAAGGAGAUAA